AUGGACACAGACUACUUCCAACACAGAGGGAUUAAUUUUGCUUCCAUCAUCUACUCACAAGAAAGGCUGGAAUAUUUGGAGAAUGAGUAUCGUGUCUACGACGAUGAUGUCUACCUCGUUACAUACCCUAAAUCAGGAACCACCUGGAUGAUGGAAAUCCUGAGUCUUAUCCGUAGCAAUGGUGACUCUACCUGGUGCUAUAAAGUCCCAAACUACAUGAGGAUCCCCUGGCUUGAUGUUAGUGGGGUCGGGGUACAGUUGGUGGAUCAAUGUGAAUCUCCUCGAUACCUUUCUUCCCAUUUACAAAUACAGUUGUUUCCAAAGUCUUUUUUUUCUUCAAAAGCCAAGGUUAUUUACACAGCUCGAAACCCAAAAGAUGUGCUUGUGUCAAUGUAUCACUAUGCCCACAUGUCGCAUGUUAUCAAAAAGCCUCAUGGCUUUGAUGAGUUCAUGGAGGACUUCUUGCAGGGCAGAGUUCCAUUUGGUUCCUGGUUUGAUCAUAUCAAAGGCUGGAUGCAGAUGAUAGACAAAGAAAACUUCCUGUUUGUCACAUAUGAGGAUCUAAAGCAGGACCACAGAGGAACUGUAAAGAAAAUCUGUACAUUCCUUGGAAAGGAGGUAGAUGAGCAAACUAUCAACUUGGUGGUGGAACAUUCCAGCUUCAGUAGCAUGAAAAACAACAACAUGUCCAACAACAGUCUAGUUCCAGACUAUAUUAUAGAUCCGAAAAACAAUAAUUUCAUGAGGAAAGGAAUCGUUGGUGACUGGCAAAUCCAUCUGACACAGAAACAACGGGAAUAUAUUGAUAUAAUUUACCAAGAGAAAAUGAAAGAUCUUGAUGUUAAAUUCAGAUGGGAUGAGAAUAUGUAAUGCAUAAAAAUGUGAAACUAAUACCCCUUUCACAUCGCACAAAUAACCCGGUAUCGACACGGCAUAUUGCCGUGUCGAACCGGGUCAGUGUGCGAUGUGAAAGGUCCUUUGACGAUUUAGCGGGUCGCCUGACCCGGUAAUUCAACCCGGUAAAAAAGAAGGGUUUUACCCGGGUUGAUUACCGGGUCAGGUGCGGUGUGAAUGGGAGCCGUGUCGAUGCGACACGGUUCCCAUUCACAGCAUAG